AUGCAAUAUAACCUUUCAUCAUUUAAUGUACGAAUCAUACCGAUGACUGAAGCCAAACAAGAUUUAAUUGAAUUAUCAGCAAAUCCUUUAGAUGUAUGGAUAAAUACACAUUAUGAUGAAUUGUGUGCGGGUAUGACGUGUAAAAAUGCUCUAUUCUGCAAACCAUCAGACAUGAAAGACAAAAACUUUCAAAUGAGCAUUAAGGAUAAAUGUGAAAGGAAACAAAGAAAAAUAAAUGGUAAACAGACAUGGUAUUAUGUUUUGAAAGAAGAAAUGAAAGGAUUAUAUAAACAGGUUGAACCAAACGAUAAUGAGGAUUCAUUUACUGACGAUGAAAUACCUGUAAAUGAAGCUUUAUAA